AUGGCACAAUUAGUCCAACCAAAUCUAUCGCUAAACCUGAACCAAUUCUUCCAAAAGCACAUUUUGUUGAAUGAUCUACAGUACGACUACUACUCAAAGUAUCUGGCGGCAGCCUGUAAGUCGCAGGGAGGCUCCGAAGUGGUGAUAUUGACGAAGGAAGGCAGCCUUCUGAACGUGCUGUCCUACUUCAACACGGAGUACGAACCAGUGUUCGUGUCGUGGGCGCCGCCGACGCUCUCAGCCCACACAGGCUACGGGACGAGCCACAGCUCAUCGAGCGACAACGUGUUGGUGGUGGUGACCACAGAAAACGCACUGUGUAUGUACAAAAACAGCAGCAACUGCGUGGGAGCCUGGGACCUGGUGUUCAGAAGCACAGAGCUCAGCAAGUCAAUAAGCUGCCUGGCGACGACAGGAGUGCCAGGAACCGCAGGAGGGAACGUAGACAACCUGCUGGUGGCGCUGGGCUCGCACCUGGGAGUGGUGACAGUGGUGCCGCUUAACACACUAUCGCUGCCGAACCGUCCAGUGAACCACAGAGAAAACACCCCCCUGGAAAACCACUCAGUAACCGGCUCAGUGGAAACGCUUAACGCACACAACGGAGGUGUGACAGCAUUGGGGUUCAGCAGCCCAGACCCGAUGAGCGGAAACAAGCUGAUGCUGGCAACAGGAGGACUGGAUAACACAGUGAAACUCUGGGAGUACGAGGAUAACUUUAUGCUCAAAAAGGUACUAAAGUUGGCGCCUAGCGAAGAGACGUGCACAACAUAUUUGGGUGACGGUGCUGCGGAAAAGGAAGGCCACAGAGCACUGAAGAGAGUGAGCUCGUUGGCCUUCAGCAAGAGGGGAGAGCUGGCAGCAGCAACUGACAGCUCAGUGUACAUCUUCGGAAACGCACACGACUGGGUGCUCUUCCAAGUGCUGAGCCUGGGGACAUCGCACCAGGAAAAAAACGCAGGAGGCCCAUCGGGGGCGUUGGAACGACACGGAGAGAGAGGGUUGGUGCUGUCGUUCAGCAACGACAAGCUGGUGUUAAUGAGAGACACAGAGUCGUACGUGCUUAAAAGGUCAGACAAAGGGCUGUUUGAAAUGGAAUCAAGGCUGGAACGUUAA